ACUUGUUGACAGAGACAGGUUGAAGAUGGGUAUGUUUCUAGCUGACAAAACCCCCCUCCACUUCGGGGGUCGGGGAUACUUCACCAGCUCUCAACGAGCAAACAGGCAGAACAGUUAUGGCACAAUCUACUCCUCGAGUUUGGCUGAUUACCGGUUCUUCCUCUGGGUUCGGCAGGGCGAUGGUGGAACAGGUCCUGCUCAAUGGCGAGAUUGCGGUCGCAACUCUGCGCAAGCCUUCCGUCCUCGACGACCUUGCCGCCAAAUAUCCGCGCACCCAGCUGCUAGUACUCCCGCUGGACGUGACUAACGAGGCGCAGGUCAAAUCCGUUUUCACACAGGCCAAGGACGCCUUUGGACAUGUCGACGUCGUGUAUAACAACGCGGGGCAGGGAUUCUACCAGGAGCUAGAGGGGAUACCAAUUGACCGUGCCAGGGCGCUGAUGGAUGUCAAUUUCUGGGGCGCAGUGACAGUAAGCUUCGAAGCAGUGAGAUUCUUUAGAGAAGUGAAUCCGAAGGGCGCUGGGGGAAUGCUGGUCCAGGUAUCGAGCUCGGCUGCGACCAAGGGGAGCCCGCUGAUCGGGUUCUAUAGCGCUACGCGUUUUGUGUUCAUAGGAAAGCAGGUGAUGUUACUUGUGGCAGACUGUGCGACUUUGACUCACCACCGUUCAGCUUUGGAUUCGUUCACCGAAGUCUUGGCACAGGAAGUCCUUCCCGCUUGGAACAUCCGGUUUGUGAAUGUCCACCCAGGUUGGACGCGCACGCCCAUUGUAUCGAGUGAGAUGCUCGAGCCUCCAGCACUGUAUGCAUCGGAACCAACAGCCGUAACAACGAAGUUGCGUGCUGGAUUUGAUGCAUUCAUGAAGAGCGAUGCGCUGGCUGACGUUGAGUCGGUGACGAAGCGCAUUUGGUCGGUGACGCGGAUGGACGAUGAAGACGUACACAAGGGUAUCCAAGAGGGAAUUCCAGGCCUCGUGAACAUGCAUACGGGCAUGGGCUCACUGGAGCUUGUGCAUGCAAAGAUUGGGCGUCUGCAGAGCGAGCUGAUGUGGAGUACGAAGGUUCAUUAUGAGCACUAGCCUCGUGAGUCGUGUAUGUCUUCAAAAUGAACGUGUGGUUCCGCGGAAAGAAUUUGAGUGAUUCCCAACAUACCUGAAUGCUAGAGAAACUGUUGUAGCGCUGGCACGCAGGGUAGAGCAGGGCACGGCAUGCGCCAGGAGCUGCAGGAGUUGAAG